AAAUUCCAUUGCAAAGUACUAGAAACCACAGCCUGUGUCACAUUUAUGGUUCGUCUGAGCAUGAGACAUUUUGCUUAAAACUUAAGUCACACAGAGAUUCACUAAUUGUAGACAUGGGAUGGACCUACUGUGUUAUAUGGUCUCUGUGUUUGUGUCUGUCUGUAAUACAUGGGGAACUCCAGUCCCCUCAGUAUCCUCAGCCUUACCCUCCCAACCUGCUGAAGAAAUGGAACCUCAGUGUUCCAGAGGGAUACCAGAUCCAGCUUUCCAUAACACAUCUGGAUAUUAAAGCUUCUCCGGGCUGCAUUCAAGAUUCGCUGACGGUUCUCCAUAAUGGAAAGGUCUUAUGGAAGUUUUGUGGCCAGGAAAAUUCAGCUGAUCACCCAGGUAAAGAGACGAUGCACUUUCCAGGCAACAGACUGACUCUCAUAUUCCAAACAAGUAACUCCACUCCAGAGCUCCAACAGCAUAUUGGCUUCUCUGCUAACUCCAAGGCAAUAGACAUAGACGAGUGCUCACAAUCCGAUCCUGGAGAUGGAUCAGGUCCACUCUGCUCUCAGAUCUGCGUCAACACCCUCGGUUCUUACCACUGCUCCUGCCACCAUGGAUACAAACUUCAUUCAGACCAACGCACAUGUUUGAUUUCCUGUGGCGGUCAUAUAUCAGACAAGCAUGAGGGACAUCUGGUCAGUCCAAGAUACCCUCAUCCCUCACCUCCUUUCUUGUCCUGCAAGUACAUUAUCACGGUGGAGCCCCGGUUUAAUAUCACUCUCAACUUUAGCGACAACUUCCACAUAGAUAACAUGGACACUGAGCAAGGUCCCAGAUGUCUACGUCACUGGUUGCAGGUGACCAUUCCAGGCAGAGAACCCAUGAAGCUGUGUGGUGGAAAGAGUCCAGGUCUGAUAGCUACAUAUUCCAACACGGUCAUACUGGACUACCACACUGAUGUUGAGGGCCUGAGUCGUGGCUGGAGCCUGGACUACAGCACACAUGUAAUUGAUUGUGGAGAACCUGAACCUCUGCUGAAUGGAGGGGUGACCUACCUGUCUGGCUCUCAGAAUCAGUACCAUUCUGUUGUUUAGUAUCACUGUAAUGAACCAUUUUACACUCUUACUGGGGGCAGAAAUGUCACUUUCACCUGUGAAGCAGACGGAAAGUGGACAUCCAACCACAAUGAUGUCACUCUAACAUGUAUACCUGUCUGUGGCCACCCCACAAAACUCAUCUCUACUUAUCAGAGGGUCAUGGGAGGCAGUAGGGCUCCAGAAAACACCAUCCCCUGGCAAGUGAUGUUGAGUGCAGAUGGACCAAGAGGAGGAGGCAUGGUGAUUGCAGACCGCUGGAUUAUGACUGCAGCUCAUGCCCUAUUAAAACAUAAUGGAAAACCACUUUCAAACAAGACUGUACAGAUUUACAUGGGACUUACUGAUAUUGAAACCCUGUUGCGCUCUCCCGUGUCUGCUGAUUCAAUCCAUGUUCACCCUGAAUACAACAGCUCCAACUUCAACAAUGACAUUGGCUUGAUCAAACUUCAAGACCCAAUCACAUUCAACUCAUCCAUUAUGCCAAUAUGUUUGCCAGCAGAGGGUGCCACAUACAUGACUGGAGAGAUGGGACUGAUGUCAGGCUUUGGCCGUAUGGGCCAAGGGACUCCAGUGGGUAAGCUGAGGUACGUGCAACUCCCUGUGGUGGAUCAGGAGACAUGCAGUAAUUCAAUCAGCUCACCAAGUCUGUCAGAUAACAUGUUUUGUGCUGGAGUUCCUGAAGGUGGGAAGGAUGCCUGCGCCGGUGACGGUGGAGGCCCCUUCGCCCUGAGAGACAACGGACAGUUCUGGGCUGCUGGGAUUGUCAGCUGGGGGGUUGGCUGCGGACGCCCAGGGAAAUAUGGAUUUUAUACCAAAGUUGCUAACUACAUGGACUGGAUCAACAAGACUAUGCAGGAGAAUUGAAAUUUAGAGUAAUUCAUGACGUGAUGUAAAGAUGUUGAUGAAACAAAUCUCUACACAAAGUCAAACAAUACAAUACAAAAAAAAGAAUUGCUCAAAAUAUGCUCUUUCUGCAGCGCUCAUGCAUAUAAACAAAAAGUUAUAAAUCAAGAUAAUGUUCCAGUGUGUGGUAAAAUGAAGUGCAAUCAUGAUUAGGACAACCUUAAAACCUCCUGAAAUUACUGAAUGAAUGUCAAACUGAACAUUGAGUCAUCACAAUGUAUUAAAAUCUCCCAAAAGCAUUUAUUCAAUAAAGUUACUUCAUAUUUCUUUAUGAAGUCACAAAAACAG